UCGCCGGCGUGCGUAACGUUAACGCGUUACGCCAGGCCGGCCUCGAGGCGCGUGCGCAGUGUCUGUCGCGGUUCUCGGGCUGCCGGGCGUUCGGCGGCGGCGCGGCCUGGAGGUGGUGUCCCGCUGCUAGUGUCGCGAGGGCGGGUCCGGGCUUCCUUCCCGGCUGGUCACCUCCUUGCCCCGUGGCGGAGGUGCCGCAGACCCAAAGGAGCGACCGGCCCGGGAAGCAGCCCCGGGAGCGAAAGUGGAGAAUGGCCCCCUCGAGUGAGGAGAGCGAGUGAAGCGCAGCCCCUGUAGACUCUGGGGCCGAGGUGGGCGUGAGCGAAGGUAAUCCAGGCCCGGGUUCCGAGCCCGGGGCCUCUUAACACCUUCCAGUGGGUGAGGCAGGGGCUGGGUCUGAGGUUCCUCCAGGUCAGGGACCGGGCCUCUCGAAUGGAGCUUGAGACUCGCUUGCACCAGCUGAGCCGAGAUCUUGGGUGCCCCUGGCCCACAGUGAAGUGCAGGAUACACACUAGCUAUUCUUUCCGCUGUUGCUGGGAGGAGGGGUUGGGGGAAGCACUUCUAAAACUCCUUUAUUUUAAUUUAAUUUGAAAAUGAGUAAGUACAGAAAGCCACCACUGGGUUCAAGUCCUGAGACAUUCAGCCCAGAUGUUCUUGCUGACAUUGUUGAACUCUUUGCCAAGAAAUUUUCUUAUGGCAAGCCACUUAAUAAUGAGUGGCAGUUACCAGAUCCUAGUGAGAUUUUCACCUGUGACCACACGGAAUUUAAUGCAUUUCUUGAUUUGAAGAACUCCCUAAAUGAAGUAAAAAACCUACUGAGUGACAAGAAACUGGAUGAGUGGCACGAGCACACUGCUUUCACUAAUAAAGCUGGAAAAAUAAUUUCUCAUGUGAGAAAAUCCGUGAACGCUGAACUUUGUACGCAAGCGUGGUGUAAGUUUCAUGAAAUAUUGUGCAGCUUUCCACUUAUUCCACAGGAAGCUCUUCAGAAUGGAAAACUGAAUACUUUACACCUUUGUGAAGCUCCUGGAGCUUUUAUAGCUAGUCUCAAUCACUACUUAAAAUCCUUCCAAUUCCCCUGUGAUUGGAAUUGGGUAGCUAAUACUCUGAAUCCAUACCAUGAAGCAAAUGACAAUCUUAUGAUGAUUAUGGAUGACAGACUUAUUGCAAAUACUUUGCACUGGUGGUAUUUUGGUCCAGAUAACACUGGUGAUAUCAUGACUUUGCAAUAUCUAACUGGACUUCAGGAUUUCGUAAGCAACAUGGCUACCAUUCACUUAAUCACUGCAGAUGGGAGUUUUGAUUGCCAAGGAAACCCAGGUGAACAAGAAGCUCUAGUCUCUUCUUUGCAUUACUGUGAAGUUGUCACUGCUCUGACGACUCUUGGAAAUGGUGGCUCUUUUGUUCUGAAGAUGUUUACUUUGUUUGAGCAUUGUUCCAUAAACCUGAUGUACCUGCUAAACUGUUCUUUUGACCAAGUCCAUGUUUUCAAACCUGCUACUAGCAAGGCAGGAAACUCAGAAGUCUAUGUGGUAUGUCUCCACUAUAAGGGAAGAGAGGCAAUCCAUCUUCUGUUAUCUAAGAUGGUGCUGAAUUUUGGGACUGAAAUGACCAGGAAAGCUCUCUUUCCUCAUCAUGUGAUUCCUGAAUCUUUUCUUAAAAGACAUGAAGAAUGUUGUGUGUUCUUUCAUAAAUACCAGCUAGAGACUAUUUCUGAGAACAUUCGUCUGUUUGAGUGCAUGGGUAAAGGGGAACAAGCAAAGCUGAAUAAUUUAAGGGACUGUGCUGUUCAAUAUUUCAUGCAAAAGUUUCAUUUGAAGCCUCUUUCCAGAAAUAAUUGGCUAGUAAAAAAAUCUAACAUUGGUUGUAGUACAAAUACAAAAUGGUUUGGGCAGAGGAACAAAUAUUUUAAAACUUAUAAUGAAAGGAAAAUGCUGGAAACCCUUUCAUGGAAAGAUAAGGUGGCCAAAGGAUACUUGAAUAGUUGGGCUGAAGAACAUGCUGCAUAUCAACCUGGGCAAAGUUCUUGUUUAGAAGGGACAUCUUCCAGUCUUGAGUGUCACUUAUGGCAUAUUUUAGAGGGAAAGAAACUGCCAAAGGUAAAGUGUUCUCCCUUCUGUGAUGGUGAAAUUUUAAAGGCUCUUAAUGAAGCAAUUGAAAAGUCAUUAGGAGAAGCCUUGAAUUUGGAUUCCAAGUUUAGGCCAAAACGGCAGUAUUAUUGUUCUUGUCACGUUUUUUCUGAAGAACUGAUAUUUUCUGAGUUGUUUAGACUUACCAAGUGCCUUCAGGAUGAUCAGGUUGUAGAACCCAGUAACCAAAUAAAGUGCCUGCUUGUGGGUUUUCCAACUCUCCAUGAUAUCAAAAUGCGUAUACCGUUGGAAGUUCGACUUUUGGAAUCAGCUGAGCUCAUGACUUUUAGCUGUUCAUUGCUUCAUGAUGGAGACCCAGCUUACCAGCAGUUAUUUUUGGACUGCCUUCUGCAUUCAUUGCAGCAGCUUCAUACAGGAGAUGUUAUGAUUUUGCCUGUACUUUCUUGUUUUACGAGAUUUAUGGCUGGUUUGGUCUUUGUACUCCACAGCUGUUUUAGAUUCAUCACGUUUUCUUGUCCCACAUCCUCUGAACCCCUGAAGACCUGUGCAGUCCUGCUGUGUGUUGGUUAUCAGGACCUUCCAAAUCCAGUUUUCCAGUACCUGCAGAAUGUGAAUGAAUUGUUGAGUGCUUUGCUUAACACUGAUGCACCAGAGCAGGUUUUACAGUUUGUGCCAAUGGAGGUGCUCCUUCAGGGGGCACUACUUGAUUUUUUGUGGGAUUUGAAUGCUGCCAUUGCUAAAAGGCAUUUGCAUUUGAUUAUUCAAAGAGAGAGAGAAGAAAUCAUCAGCAGCCUUCAGUUAUGAAAUUGACCUUGUCCUCUCUGAGAUUUAACUUUAUGGCUUUUUACAGUUUUCAUUGUUAUUGCAUCGUUUUGCUAUUAAUUUAAAACCUUUCAUUUUGGGGAAAGGCCAACUUGUACGUCCUUUAAAGUCUCAUUAUUUCUGAAGAACCAUCACCUAGUUCUGAUCUCUAGGAUGUAUAUACCCACAGGCGUAGAGUUUUCCAUGUGAUGGAAUCUAUGCAGUGAUGAUAUUCAACCUCAAACAUGAGAUAUAUGUAUGUGCUUGGGGUCGACACACCCAUGCUUGCGUAUGUAAUUUAGUUGGUCUUAUUUAUCUGCUUAAGAUUUGCACCUGUGUGCCUUCAUUCAGAUUAGAUUUUUUUCCAACUGAUUUCCUCGAAAUGGCUAAUGCCGUUAAUGAGUUGAUAGAGGUCUUGGAUGAAAGGAGGUGAGCCACUCCUCAGCAACACUGAUUUCCUUUAACACUGACCAUGUCAGUUAUGGAUUCGAGAACUUAUCUUGCCAGUUUUCUUUGUAUUUGCCAUUGCCCUUAGGCCACUGACCCAAUUUACUUGUAUCAUUCGAAUGAAACUAGUGUGUUGUUUUAUGAAUAUUUUACUAACCAGAACCAUCCGGCUAGAAAGGAUAUCAGGACAGCAUCAAACCAAAGAUCAUGUUCGAAACAAUGAAAAAUUAUUGUGUCUAAAACACUCCUAUAUCAUGAAAAGCUUCAUUUAGCAAUGGUGUAGUAAUUUUUAACAUCCAGGAACUAAUCUGAACUGAAAGAUUUUUUUAAAUUGCAAAGUAGUGUUUAUAGUUUCAUAGUGGGGACAUGAAUGUGAUGAAUUUAGUGAAUACUGAAGAAAAAUUUUAACACUUUCAGAAUGGUGGUUCAGCAUUUAAAAUUUAAUCGUUACUAAUUUCUUUUUUUAGUAUGAAAGUAGUACUUUACCAAAAGAUUAACCAUGAGGUGGUUAUUUUAUGAGUUACGUUUGAUUUCUUUUGAAUUAUAUGUAUUUGACAGUGUAAAUGAUCUUUUCUGAAAGACUGUUAAGCAAGUCUUCAUUACUUUGAAAUUCCACAAAGUGGAGAAUAUUUAUAUUCUCAUGUGUGCAUUUUAGGCAUUUUUGUUAGUUAUAUGGAAAAAAUGUAUUCUCUGAUGUUUCUGGUUGAUAAAUAUUAAUCUGAAUUUUUUUCAUGUUCUUUGCUAUUUUGAGUUCUAUUAUAGAUUCAUGAAUAAAGUCAUUAGCAGAGAGA